GAAAGAGGGGGAAGGGGGAGCAAAACAAAGAGGAGGGGCGGGAGGCAGGCUGGUUGGCGGCGGCAUGUGAAGAGGAGGAGGAGGCGGCGGCGGCGGCGGCGGCGGGGAGGCUAGGUGGAGAGAAUGAAAGAAAGGAAAGAUGCAAGCAUGUUGAACUUCGUAUGGCUGUAUAAUGGAAGGAAACAUAACGGAGGACGUCUGUACUAGAUCGCUUGGAUGGCUUCAGCAGCAAAAUAAUGAUGCUAAACCAUGGCUCUGGAAAUUAUCUAAUUGCUUUUCGGCUACUGAACAGAGUUUGUCUCUCAGUGCAAGAACGAACGAGUCCAUGGAGAACAAGAAGGCAGCUGUGGCGUUGAAGGAUGCCCCAUCCCCUCACCGUCCUGGUCCAAAGCCGUUUGCAGCUGUCCCCCUUCCUGACCUUCACUCCCUUCAGCCCAAGCAGCUGCAGCUUCCCUCCGGCUCCCAAGUAAGCUGUUGUGCUCACGGCUCCGACUCUCCGCGGGCUCCUCAGCUGCAUUUUGGUGGCGGUAACGUGGUUCACCCUAGCGCAGUGUUAGACUCACAAGGCACUGGGGCAGUCACUUGUCAAGUCGGGUCAGGCUUUGCUUUCCGGUCCGCAUCCACGCUCAAGAACGUUCCAGCUAGAAGCGGGGUGGCCAGUGUGGCCAGUGACUUGUCGGGAGUCUGCCUGGAAACCAAGGUCUCUUCCUGCCCUCAUUUCCCCUGCUGCGGAAAACUCCACUUCCAGUCCUGUCGCAGUAGCGGGCACAAACUGCACCCGUUCCCCACCCAUCAGAGCUGUGCGACGUCAGGGUAUUUCCCUUGUUCUGAAUUCACGAGUGGGGCGACGGGGCUGCUGGAGGAGCACCUCUCACAGUCGGAGCGGACGGCUUGCGUUUGCACCAACUCGCUGCACCUCAAAGUGGCACCUUCGGUUUGUCUAAAGGGCUCUCACUACUGCAAUGAGUGCUUAAGCAAGCCAUCCAGAGAGAGUUUGGUUGACGCUGCUAAAAUUUGGCCAAAUAUUCCUCCUCCAAAUACCCAAGCUGCAAGUGUUUCCAUCCCAAUAUGUAAUGGCUGUGGAACCAAAGGAACAAGGAAAGAGAAGAAUCUCCUCCUGGCAAGCAGCUUUGGUCAGCUGCCACAGAAAUACGGAUCCCCAGAAGUCGCAAUAACAGGCCAAGUGCUAGAAAAUCUUCCCCCCAUUGGAGUCUUUUGGGAUAUUGAAAACUGCUCUGUCCCUUCGGGCCGUUCAGCGGUGGCAGUGGUGCAGCGAAUCCGCGAGAAGUUUUUCAAAGGCCACAGGGAGGCAGAGUUCAUCUGUGUGUGUGACAUCAGUAAGGAAAACAAAGAAGUCAUUGAAGAACUGAACAACUGUCAGGUGACUGUUGCACACAUUAAUGCCACAGCGAAGAAUGCCGCAGACGACAAGCUGAGACAGAGUCUUAGAAGAUUUGCUGAUACUCACGCUGCACCAGCCACUGUCGUCCUUGUUUCAACUGAUGUAAACUUUGCACUAGAACUCAGUGACCUGAGACACCGCCAUGGUUUCCACAUAAUCCUGGUGCAUAAAAACCAAGCUUCUGAAGCGCUCUUACAUCAUGCUCAUGAGCAGAUCAGAUUUGAAGAAUUUAUUUUAGAUUUGCCUCCGAGAUUACCCCUCAAAAAACCAGCAUGCCAUACCCUCUUAUAUGUUUACAACCUGCCAGUCAAUCGGGACAGCAAAAGCGUCUGCUACAGGCUCCGACGUUUGUCCGACAACUGUGGAGGGAAAGUCCUGACCAUUUCCGGCAGCAGCGCGAUCCUCCGCUUCUUAAACCAAGAGAGUGCCGAGCGCGCUCAGAAGCGGAUGGAGAACGAAGAUGUCUUCGGCAACAGGAUCAUUGUGUCCUUCACUCCCAAGAACAAGGAACUUGUUGAAGCCAAGAAUGCAACCUCUACCGCAGCAGACAAAGCAAAGUCUCCCAAAAAAGUGAACAAAAGUACAAAGCUGUGCCUCGUGAACCGGGAGUCAAACGAUCAGUCUUCCAGUGCCAAAAUAGUUGUGGGGAAAGGCCUUCAGGCACAUGGGUCGGCUCCAAAGACUACCAGCGUUAAGAGUUUACAGGAGCUGUGUCGUAUUGAGUCAAAGAUUGUGCGAAGUACCGAGAAACCCCAAGAUCAGCGAAGAGAGGAUGCUUCUUCAUUGCAAAGUAACUCCCUUGCAGCAAGUUCUACAUCCCUGACAACCAAAAAGCCAGGAACAGGAGAAUCCACUCCUAAAAGUGGUCAAAAAAAAGAUGUGUUUGCAACCAGAAGCAUCAGCAACUCUCCUGUAGAAAGAGAAGGGAAGGAGGAUGCAUUCCACGUUAGCUACCCAUCUGCCUUCAGCAUGCUGACAGCAUCAAGGCAGCUCAGUCCUCUACUGAUAUCUCAAAGUUGCUGGUCCUCAAGGAGCGUCUCUCCAAACCUCUCAAACAGAUCUUCUCCGCUUACUUUUAACAUCAUAAACCAGGCUGGCAGUGCAGACUGCCCAGAUCCUUUUGCUAAUGGGGCAGACAUCCAGAUUGGCAAUUUAGACUACAGAUUGUCCAGAAAAGAGCUACAACAAACUUUGCAAGAAACCUUCUCUAAGCAUGGCAAGAUAAAAACUGUAGAACUCAGCCCUCAUACUGAUUAUCAGCUGAAGGCUAUCAUUCAAAUGGAGAACCUACAGGAAGCAAUCAGUGCCGUCAAUAAUCUCCACAGAUGCAAAAUUGGCAGCAAGAGGAUUCAGGUCUCGCUGACGACAGGAGCUACCAACAAAUCUCUGGCGUUAAUUAGUUCAGAAGCAAUGUCCAUUCUUCAAGAUGCUCCAGCCUGUUGCCUGCCUCUCUUCAAGUUCACAGAGAUCUAUGAGAAAAAGUUUGGACACAAAUUAAAUGUAUCGGACUUAUAUAAACUAACGGAUAUUUUAGCAAUUCGGGAUCCAGGAAAUGGGCGUCUUGUCUGUCUCUUACCCAGUAGUCAAGCUAGACAAAGUCCUUUGGGUUCUUCGCAGUCUCACGAUGGCUCCUCUGCUAACUGCAGCCCUAUCAUAUUUGAAGAACUUGAAUAUCAUGAACCUAUUUGUAAACAGCACUGUGCAAACAAAAGCUUCAGUGAACACGAGUUUGAUCCCGACUCCUACAAAGUUCCCUUUGUGAUUUUGUCGUUGAAGAUCUUUGCACCACAAGUUCAUAGUUUGUUGCAGACCCAUGAGGGGACAGUGCCUUUACUGAGCUUUCCUGACUGCUAUGCUUCAGAAUUCAGUAACUUAGAAAUGGUGCACGAAGGCCAAGGAGGUGUUCCCUUGGAGCACCUCAUCACCUGUGUUCCUGGAGUUAAUAUUGUCACUGCACAAAAUGGCAUUAAAGUUGUAAAAUGGAUACACAACAAGCCACCGCCACCAACUGCAGAUACUUGGCUUCUGCGUUCUAAGAGUCCAGUCGGAAACCCACAGCUCAUUCAGUUCAGCAGAGAAGUGAUUGAUCUCCUCAAAAACCAGCCAUCAUGUAUCAUGCCCAUCAGUAAAUUCAUCCCAAUGUACCACCACCAUUUUGCAAAGCAGUGCCGGGUUUCUGACUAUGGAUAUUCCAAGUUGAUGGAGCUGCUGGAAGCCAUUCCUCAUGUGCUGCAAAUUCUUGGCAUCGGCACCAAACGUUUGCUAACCUUAACACACAGGGCCCAAGUUAAACGGUUUACUCAAGACUUGCUGAAACUUCUCAAGUCCCAGGCCAGUAAGCAAGUUGUUGUGAGAGAGUUCUUGCAGGCAUAUCACUGGUGCUUCUCGAAAGACUGGGAUGUGACUGAAUAUGGAGUGUGUGAGCUGAUUGAUCUGAUUUCAGAAAUUCCAGAUACAACCAUCUGUCUGUCUCAGCAAGAUAGUGAAACGGUAAUCUGUAUCCCCAAAAGAGAACGUACCAAGGAGGAGAUUGAAAAAACCAAGCAGUUCUCCAAGGAGGUAGUUGACUUGCUACGACAUCAGCCCUAUUUCCGCAUGCCUUUCAGUAAAUUUAUCCCAUCCUACCACCACCACUUUGGGCGUCAGUGCAAGCUUGCCUGUUAUGGGUUUACCAAACUCCUUGAACUCUUUGAAGCCAUACCAGAUGUCUUGCAGGUCCUGGAAUGUGGAGAAGAGAAGAUCCUUUCACUAACAGAUGUAGAGCAGAUCAAAGCUUUAGCGGCCCAGUUUGUGAAGUUGCUCCGGUCCCAGAAGGAUAAGUGCCUGAUGAUGACAGAUGUGCUCACAGAAUACGCGAAAACAUUCGGGUACUUGUUGCGCCUGCAGGACUACGAUGUUGGCUCUGUCCCCGCUUUAAUGCAGAAACUUUGCCACGUUGUCAAGGUUGUUGACACAGAAUCUGGUAAGCAGGUUCAGCUUAUAAAUAAAAAGUCUCUCCGGACGUUGACGGCACAGCUUCUAGUGUUACUGAUGACUUUGGACGAGUCCUCUUUUAUUUCUGUCGAUGAGCUAAAAAGGCAUUAUGAAGCUGCCCAGAAGGCUCUCCUCAAUCCGUGCGAAUAUGGCUUCAUGACAUUUACUGACCUCCUGAUGAGCGUGCCUUAUUUUAUUGAGGUUUUUAUUGACGACGAGGCAGAAUAUGUGAAGCUUACAAGCCUGUACGUGUUUGCCAAGAAAGUGAGGUCUCUUCUUCACACCUACCAUUACCAUCAGAUCUUCCUUCAUGAGUUCUCAACAGCCUACAGCAAAUACACAGGAGAAGAGCUGAAUCCCAAAGCAUAUGGUUACAACAAUCUCGAAGAGCUCUUGGGAGCUAUUCCACCGGUGGUCUGGAUAAAAGGUCAUGGACAUAAGAGAAUUGUGGUCCUCAAGAAUGAUAUGAAAAUGCGUUUUGCCUCGCCUGGUCUUCCUCUUGCUGAUGAGCCUCCUCGAACCCAACCGGCUGACACUGAAGGAAAAGUUACGGAGGUGCCCAAAUCGGGCGAAUAUUUGGAACUAAAACUGGAAGCGCCCAAUGCUGUUUCUAAUCAAACUGAGCAAGAGCUACUUUGCCUCACAAACACAUCGCCUGUUGAUCUGUUGUGUGAGCCGGUCCCUUCCUGCCUGCCCUCCCCACAACUGAGACCAGAUCCAGUGGUUCUGGAAUCGGCAGACCUCAUUCAGUUUGAAGAACAUCCUCCGUCCCUGUCCGAGAUUAUGGUUUUAACAGAAGGAGAGCAGAAGGCUCUUGGUCCUUCAGAGGCUAAAAAGGAAUCAAGCCACUUCCCCACAGCAGCAGAAGCUGCCGACAGUUCCUCAGUACCUCCCUACCCGCCGUCCGAAUCCCAAUCAAGCAAAGACGUGAUGGACAGUCCAGCCAGAAAGCAGCACAAGAGCCGAGUGAAACUGGCCGCCAACUUUUCACUUGCACCUGUCACUAAGCUUUAAACUUUAUAUUGUGGUGUGAGAGGCAACACAUUAACUGCACAAAUGACAAAGCGGUUGGCUCCCCUUUAUAUUUUUAAUCACAAAUCUGGAGAGUCACUUAUGUUGGUCGUUACUGACCACCUGCUGUGAGGAUUUUGUUAAAUAUACACUGAAUGCAUCUGGGCAGAUCUUUUAUUUGAACCCCGAGCAUUUCAUAAGAAUUUGUUUUACCCUUUUCCCCCCAUUCUGUCUAAUGUCAGCAAAUAGAUGAGAACCCCUUGAUUCAGAGCUGAAUGUUUUUCUGAAACCUCAUCAGUGACUUAAUCCUACGUACAGCGUGCUAUAAACAUAUAGCCCGUUUCUAGUUUUAGACAGUAUUAAUAAUCCAGAGUGCAAUCUGUCUUGAGCACUUUUUAAUGAUUAGGUCAGGAUAAAGGGUCUUCAAGACUGAAUUGAUGAGGGCAAAAUGAACAGUGCGAUGACUUGUAAUUGACUCUUGUCAAAUGAUGACUGUAGAAGAUUAUGUUUAUUACAAACCCCCUUUUUAAAUGCCUUUUGUACCAUAUAUCUUUCCACUGAGGAAUCUUGUAGGAAGUUGAGAAUAUUUUAAGCUUUCCUUUUAUGAGCGCUCCAAGUUGGUGCUGAUUUGGGUUGAGAAGAAAGUCUUGGUUGCCGUGCAUUUUGAACUAAACUUUGAGAUGCUGCUUGCUUGCAUCUGCUGAUGAGAUUACUGGCAGUAUUGAUCUUUCAAAAAUAUGCAUGUAAAUGCAUAAAUUAUGAAUCACAACAAGGAGCUUUUUAAGACAGAAGGGGAUGGUGGUACUUCCACUGCACAGAAGUUUAAGCAGGAGGUGGGAAUGCCAAGGUUACAGGGCUUAACCUUGUUUUCUGGUUUUUAAAUGUGUAGUAAAUGGGGAAGCUUAAUUUGAGUUCUGUUUUUUAACUGUGUCUUGUUUUUAUUCUGUUCACUUCUAGUGUUGAAAAACUGCUUUUUUUUCCACACACACACCCCACAAUUUCUGUAGUGGCAUUUUUGUUGGCUUUCAGGAAGUCCAGCCCGUAAGAAGGCAAGUCAGUGGAGUCCUUUUACUUUCUUUUAUAGAAAGCGAAUUCUGACCGAAGCUUUUAUACCCAUGUUGGGUAAACUUGGCGCUUACAAUGGGUUGUAUUUGCCAGGCAAACUAUUCUUACUGCUUGUAAAAAAGGAAAGAACCUGUACCAAAGGUUUCCACUGGCUGAAAGCAGGUAUAUGUUGGCAGCAAUUAUAUUUUGUAAUGUAUAAAGAAAGCAAAAAGUAGGCUUGGAUUUCACAGCCAGCAACUGGAAAAUGUCACUUAAUGGCUAUAGACAACUUGUUUUAAAAAAUGGAUUUUGUUUUUUAAAAAAGCUUUUAAACAAAGCCAAGAGUUAACAGUCCUAAACAUAUAGCCAUUCUGAAUGCAGAGAAACACUGGAAGUUUUUCUGAGAUCAUAAGACACAGUGCGUUUUCAGGUCCUUACAUUUCCUCUAGAGACAUGGGGUUUAUAGGAAUUGCUAUUUUUUUAUAAAGAAUUGUUUAACUAUUUCAUGAAUUGUGAGAACAUCUUUCCUUCAUGUUUAUGUAUAGACUGCAUAACAUAAACACCCAAUCACCUUCUGUUGUGUGCAGAAAUGGUCAUCAUUUUUUGGAGCUGUAAUUACAAGUCAUCUAAAACCACUUGGUAGGCCAAGUUUAGAUGGAAGGUAGAAAAGAGGUAAUACUGAUACGUACUUGAAUACAGAUGUAUUCUGUCAUCUGUAGAGGGUGAGAAAUCUUUCCGGAUUCAUGUAUAACUCUGAAUCAAUUUGCUGUUUGAAAGCUGCAGAAUACCCUUUGGAGAAGUUUGUUUUCAUAGUGUGAGACCGACUAAUUCAAUUUUCUUUAUUAAGAGGCUUGAUGAAAUAAUGUGGCUUUAUUGAUUUGAAAAGAAUUACGACAAUGAAAUUAUUUCAUUUACAACUUACUGAUGUUUGAUUCUUGAAUUUUUUUUUAAAAAGUAUAACUGAAACCCUCAAUGUAUGCACUUUCUCUCUCUCUGGAUGGGAUAGCAGGGGAGAGAACCAGCACUCUCUCAAUUGUCUACUUUAUUCGAACACUCUUGUGGUUCAAGUGCUGUUUUGUGUGUUGGGACCAAAACCUUGUCAAUAAAAAUUUCAAGCAAG